CCAAGUGUAUCAUUAUUACCGUGGAAACGGGACGCGGAUCCAUCGGUAGCAAACCUAGCUAAUAUUAGUCUAUCAUUUGUCGGCUCUACACAAUGGAGACACCUGAAAACACGGCAGGAACAAACCUGACAAUACAAAUAAAUGUCAUCAGUGGAAAUAACCUGCUAGGAAAAAAGUCAGACAGCUUCCAGAGUUUUCUGCAGGUUGAAAUGGACGGGAUAGUUCUGGGAGAGUCGGACAAGAAGCAGUCUGACUCUGUGGAGCAGCGUGUUGAUUAUGACUUUACCUGCAGCUUCCACUGCCCCAGUGAUGCUGAGGCUUUCAGUAACUUCGCCCAUAAACCGAUCAUAUUGACAGUGACAGAGGUCCUGCCUGAGGAGAAGAAAGGUGAGGCAAAGACAGCUGUGCUGGGCCAAGCUGUGGUUGACCUGCUUCCGCUGCUGCAAGGUCAGUGCAGCUUCUUGUCCACUGUCCCUCUGAAUCCAGCUACCAGCUCUCUAGCUAAAGAGUCCUCACAGGAAAAGAGCAGCCGGAAUGCAGAGACAGCAGUUAGGGAAGGACAGAAGUUGGUGACCAACCAGGCCAUGUUAAAAUUGAAGAGGAAGCAGCCGACCCUGGAUGUAUGUGUCAGUGUGUCGGAUCCAGUGCUGUCUGAGGCGGAACUCUCAGCCUCCAACCUGCUAAGGGUAACCCUGGAGACAGCCUACUCCAUCCCUGUGUCAUGGAUGCUGCAGUCUGGCCCUGCCCCUUGCACAUACACUGCUGCCCUGGAGGUUCCACUUACUGCAGAGAAAGAACAGGUGCUGGUUUUCUGUGAAGGGCAGCUGAAGGUGGGGGGUCAGAGGGAGGAAACGGGCAGACAGAGGAAGAGGCCCCAUCAGGCCCUGCUGGUCCCGGGGAACCACUUCCUGCCUGCUACCUUUUUCCAGGCAGAGCCCAUCGAACAGGAGGACGGCGAACUGACUGGCUUAGAGGACCGGGAGUUUCGCAAUGAGGCAGAGACCACAAAACCCAGGGUGAGCUGGGACACAGAGAUGUGCUGCUUCCUGGAUGCAGGAGGAACUACCAGGCUGCAGCAGAGGAUCACUGAGAGCAGACUGUGGCCCGUGGAGAUUAUGAGGUCUUCACUGGGGAAGGCAGCCGAAACGAAGCUGCUAGCUGAGGAGAACCCAGAGAUCCCCUUCCAUGGUGUGGCGUUUGUGGACAUGGGGCGUCUGCUGUAUCCUGGUGUCAGCCGCAUCCGAGGUGCAUACAGUAUUCAGCCCUUCUCUGCGGACGAGUUGCUGAACAAGGGCAAGCAGAGAGUCAGUGUGUUAAAGGAGCAGGCCAUAGCGGCAGCCAACCUGGUCAAAGCUCGUGCUGGCUCAGCUGCAGGCUCUUACAAGGCUAAGUCAGGGAAGCACUUGGAUGGAAGCAACAAGGGAGCCAAGGAGCCAGCUAAAAAGCAUUCUGGAAAUCAUAGCAGGAUGGCAGCAGCCGACAACACGGCCGACAGCCUGACCACUGAAACUGAGCCACAAGUCAAUACAGAGGGAAACAUGUAUGUGGAGGCCAGAACUUAUAUAAUCAUUGAGAUAGCCUUGGAGAAACCACUGGUACCCAAAACAUCUCCAGAGGAGCUGGACAGAAGGGUGAAGGUGUUGAUCCCACCCAGACUUCCACUUCCAGCCGGUCCGAGCAGAGCAGAAAGAGCAGUACUGGACUUCCAUAGGCAGGUAGGAAAUGUGGUGACCCAUGUUUCAGACCAGUAUGAGGAAUUGUUUGAAGCAAGAUGCAAGCCGUCAGAGGACUGCAGCCGGGAGCAAAUGAAGAUUCAGCUAAUGGGAAUGCUCAAUAUCUCUGCGCGAUACCUCACCUUCAAGGAACAGAUGAAGCAUGCAGUGGUGAGGAUCGUACGUGACAAGAUGCAGCAUACAGAGCCAUUGACUGACCCUCAGGAGCUAAAGGCUUUUGUCAGCAAGCUCUAUGUCUACCUGGUGGACGAGAUGCACAUAGCUCUCAACAAGAUUUAUUCAGCUGACGUCGAUGAUGACCCCCCAAAUGAGAUCCAGUUGAAUUCUUCUCAGCUCAGACAUUUUGCCAGAGAGGCUCAGCUUACUGGGGAUUAUCAGCAGGCUGUUCAGUACUACCAAGAGCUGGUGGUAAGGCAUCCUGGUGAGCCCUCUUACAAAUUUGAGUGGGGAAGCCUCUACAUGCUGACCGGAGACUACAUGAAGGCUAAAGAGUGUUUCCAUGACGCCGUGUCCAUCCAGCAGGCACACCAACCCAGCUUGAUGAUGUGUGGAGUUUUGGCAGCAAUGUUUGAGCAUUAUGAGGAGGCUCAGACCUUCCUGGAGCAAGCAACAAGCUUAGAUCCACCUAGCGUGGUGGCCUGGACCCUGCUGGGUUUGCUCCAUGAGAGCCAGAACAAAUCCUUCCUGGCUGAGAGGGCUUUUCUGGAGGCCAGAAGGCAGCUGAGGGAAAAUGAAGCAAAGAAGCAAACGCAGGGGGAGGAGGAGAGGAUACAUGGUGAGAAAGACGAGGAGAAAAAUGAGAAGGAGAAAGAUCAGCAGGAGGACGGCGAAAUGGUCACACCUGCAUGUCAGUCUCCCACUGUUAAGCAAGACCCAGAGCGUGGAGACCAGGACUCAGAGGCACAAGGAGAGCCUCCAGCACAGAGUGUCAGAUCCAUAUCAGCUCCAGUUAAACUCUCCUCCACUAUUUACACAGAGACGGUUCAGUUUCUGCUGCAGAACACUGCCCUGCAGAUGGCAGAGCAUGCUCUGUCCCAGGAGCUGCUGUGGUCAGGCAGUGGUCGCUGUGUCUCAUAUCUUCUUCAUCUGGCUGAGUUGCAGCUGCUCAGAGCUGACUACUGCAGUGCUGCCGCCAACCUCAAGGAGGCACUACUUCACAGCAACCAGGAUGCAGAUGUGUGGGCUCUGAAUGGUCACUGUCACUACUUGUGGGGGGCAUUCAAUGAAGCCCAGGAGAGCUAUGAGCGGAGCCUGAACUCCCUGCAGCAGCCAUCAGACUUUCACCUUGUCCUCCUUCGCCUGGGAUCCAUCUACCUCCAGCAGGGGAAGUUUGAGCAAGCCAAAGUUGUCUACGUGCAGGCUUGUGAGCAGUCUCCGUCCUGCCUGACCUGGCUGGGCCUGGGCGCCGCUUGUUACCGGCUGGAGGAGCUGUGUGUAGCCGAGGAAGCUUUGACUGAGGCCAACCAUUUAAACAACCAGAAUGCAGAGGUGUGGGCUUACCUGUCUCUGAUCUGCCUCAGGUCUGGCAGACAGGAGGAAGCAGAGCAGUUUUAUAAAUAUGCAACAAAGUUCAACCUGCAGAAGGAGUCACUCAUCAAAGAGUUCAGUGAGCUGAAGGAUCAGCUCUGCAUCAGUCAUCUGGAGUCUUGCUUUGGAACAAGCUCUGAAGCAGGGGUUUAAAUCAUAUGACCAAGUACAUUUCAUACAAAUACACAUGCAGUAUCUAAAUGACCAACAUUUUUAAAGAUGUUUUAUUGUAUUGUAAGCAUACAUGUAUUAACACCUUUUGUAAAAAUGAAACACACCCAGCUCAGCUGCACAUGAUGGAUCCAAUUUUACAGGCAGUGGCUAUCAGUAAUUGACCAAGCCAUAACAUAAAAGUUAAACCCUGUUCAAUAUCAACAUUACAAACAAACUCAAAGCAACACAAAUAGUCUCAAAUGUAUAUAAAACAACUGCAAUAUAGUCUUUUAAAAAAUGUACAGCAUUAACAAA